AUGAAGACAACCGCCGACUCCCUCCACCGACAGCUCCAACUGGCCACGCCCAGAAUUACGAGUCUCAUCCAGAACGUCCACCAUGAGAUCUCGUGUCUUGACUCAUUCUCCGAGAUCCGCCAACGUUUCACCCACACCGUCUUUGUGCGCCUCUCCGACCUGGACCGCUACCUCGUUCAGGCCGUCCUCCUCACUCCCAGCCCCUACAUUGACCUGUCCAAAGACAACGAACAAGAAAUUGAUGAGGUCAGCCGUCUUUUGUUUCUCAGGUGGUCAUGGGCCGAUGCGGUUCUCCGCAAUGUCCUUGUGCGCCUGCUUGGUUUCGUUGACCACAACAAUCCAGGAUGUAUUAGCGCCGAUACUGGACAAGUUGAUGCUCUUUCUGAAGAACUCAGCGUACGCCAUGAUGAGAGGUUCCCUGGUGAUAGACGCGAGAGGAGAGUGGAGCAGCUGAUCCAUGACGAGCUGAACGAGGACUUCUUCGAAGGAAUGAGGAAAGAUCCAUGGAAACUCGGUCGAGAGUUGGCCGACAUUACUGUCGCUCCGCAUCCGGACGAUAUUCCGAUGUGGAGGCUGGUGGCUCGCCAAGUGACAGACAGAUACCGUCCUUGCCUUCGUUGGCCAGGCGUACACUUUGCAGCAGCCAAGGCCGGGUUUUACGAGGACGGUCGACGAGAUCUGUUCGAAUAUCCUUUCUACGAAGAAUGGUGGAGUGAAGCCUUCUCCGCCAUUCCAUGUGCAACACCCUCAGAAGAAUCGAGUACAGAAUCACCCAAAAAUGGCCGAACUGAGCUGGGGAGGGACCUUCGCGCUGUCUUUGAUGCUGCAGAUGUUUGGGACGUUUGGACUCUGUGUCGUGUGUGGCUAUGCGAGGAGACCCUUUGGGGUGUUGAUCAAGAGCCAGGCACAGCAAGAGACUUUGCGUACUUGGAAAGUCUGGAAAUGUUCAAAAAGCACUGGAUACGCAAGACACAACAGGUGGCAGCGCCUGCGAGAAAUAUGUGGGAUUCCGACAACGAGUUUCUGCAGCGAAGACACAUUCAAGGCUCUCUAGAGGUAUGUACUGUGGAACCCUCAUCCGGCAGAAAAGUAUCUCCAUGGCACAAUGUUUCGAUGGAUAUGAACCCUCUGGACUUUGCCAUCCGUGCAGCUGUCAAGCAGCUGUCCAAGAAGGUGAAAAAUCAGAAGAGAACACGAAGCAAGGGAAAAGGUACCAGCCAGAACAUUACAAGUGGAAUUACCGAGGUGGAAAUCUCGUAUUCAAUCGGCGCAAGCUGGAGGACACGAAUGUGUGUAAAAACUUGGACAAGGCCUGGUCUGAUUGGAACGACUGUUUCCUCAUCCGCGGUCUUGACCACGACGAUGAUUUGAACCUCAUCGACCGAGAUACUAUAUACGUCCUUGAAACACUUCCAGGCAUUAGGGCGCGACUGCUCAAAGCAGUAGAGCAGGAAGGUGAACGCGAUGGUCUUGAGACAGCAGACGGCCCCCAUCCGAAUCGGCCAACAAGGGUCUCAGAGGAGAAGUCAAGUCAAGGGCUCCAGGAGAUGUCAUAACCCGUCUUAACCUUCGUAUUGUCCAAGUCCCGGCAGGCAGACAGGCAAGCAGGCAGG